AUGUCUACACCGCUGGCCCCCGCGGGAACGCCGGCUCCCUCCAUUGCCCCUCUGGCACCCGCCCUGGCCGCUAAACCUUCAAUUGCACCCGCCUCGCCUGCUCCAGCUACUCCCGGAUCCAUCACAUCGAAGGAAUGGGUCAUCCCCCCGCGUCCCAAGCCCGGUCGGAAGCCUGCCACCGACACCCCGCCGACCAAGCGAAAGGCACAGAAUCGUGCGGCCCAGCGAGCAUUCCGCGAACGACGCGCUGCUCGAGUGAACGAGCUCGAAGACCAGAUGAAGCAGAUGGAAGAUGAGCACGAUUUGCACACGGCUGCAUUCAAGGAACAGAUUUCGAACCUGUCCCACGAGGUUGAACAAUGCCGGAACGAGAUGGCUUGGUGGCGAGACCGCUGCCACGCCUUGGAGAAGGAGGUUUCUGUGGAGAAGAGUGCCAAGGAGGCGCUUGUGAAGGAGUUCCGAUCGUCGUUUGCGGAUAGAAACACGACCCAGUCGGACGCGGUGCCUCUGCCGCCUCGAGGUCAGAAGCGGAAGAAUGCUGAAUCAACCCGCGUACACACGACUGAAUCUACUCGAGAGGAAGUCCCCUUAGGCUGUGGAAGCUGCUCUACUGCUCAUUGUCAGUGUAUCGAAGAUGCGUUUGCUAUGCCUGGCGUGGAGACUCACGAGUCUAACAAGCGCCGCUCCGAACCCGAAAUUAAGCCUGAGCCAGAGGAGAUGGAGGUGGAUUUUACUUCCCGCUUCGCCGCUGCUCCACCCCCAGAGGACCAUAGCUCGCCGUCUAUCGCAUCUCCCGUUGACCCUUGUGGGUUUUGCCAGGACGGCACUCCCUGCAUUUGCGCCGAGAUGGCCGCCCAGGAAGAUGAGCAUCGACAGCGGGAAAAUUUUGAGAACAACCGACUUGCCCCGAUCCAAAAUUUAUCGCAGUUCACCCCACCUCCAUCAGAUGGUGAUGUCCGGUCCGAAGUGACUUUGCCUUCUAUCAGCGAGGCUACCAAUCCCUGCGCCAACGGACCUGGUACCUGUGCCCAGUGUAUGGCGGAUCCCCGUAGCACACUCUUCUGUAAGACCCUGGCUGCAUCGCGGGCAGGUGGUAUUGCUCCUCGCGGUGGGGGAGGCUGCUGCGGUGGCAAAGGCGCAGACGGUGGAUGCUGCGGUGGUGGUGGUGGUGGUGGUGGUGCACGCAGCAAACCUGUCCCUAAACCAACAUUGAGUUCCAGAGACUCGCCAUCUUUGACCCUCUCCUGUGCCGACGCUUUCACCACUCUCUCACGACACCCCAAGUUCUCGCGCGCUAGCGACGAGCUCUCCUCCUGGCUGCCCAAGCUCCACAUGCUCCCGAACCCGCGGGAUCUGGAACUGGCAGAGAAGUCCAACGCUCGGGCUGCGAUGGAAGUCGAAGCCGCGAGUGUAAUGGGCGUGUUACGGUACUUUGACCGACGGUUCGCUGACAAAUAA